AUGAAAUACCAGGGCACAAGGGCCUCGCCGGAUGCCAGAGCCCUGCUCUUGGUCUUGCCAACCUCCAGCACUGGAGAAAUCGUUGUCUUUAUCUGUGUGUCGCCUGCUUCUGGAGGCUGGGAAGAAUUUGGAGAAGUUAACCAGCUCGUCUGGGGGGAGUGGUUUCCUCGCCUAAUCACUAUAGACUUGGGGCAGCAGGUUGCACAGACUGGAAAAAAUUGGAGUGUGCAGUCUUCUAUCGGAGGUAUCUAUGCAGGACCAGGAGUCUAUUUAGAGGAGGAAGUAGAAAUGGCAAGUGUGAAACCUGGAGCCUCAGAAGAACCAGAAAUGAGGCUGGACAGUCCAGAAGAAACCAAUGAUUUCAUGGACACAGCCCAGGCCAAAGGAAAAGCCUUUAACCCUAUGGCAAACAACACACUCAACAUGCUCAGAGAGGAGCCUGAGGUCCCACAGCAGAGCCGGCAAGGCAAUGACAGCUCCAUAUCCUCAGCAAAUAUCAUCCAACCCAAGCAGAGCAGUGUCCUCAAGCCUUCAGCAAAAUCCAUUCAGCCCAAGCAGGGAGACAACCCCAAGCCCUCGGUAAAAUCCACCCAGCCCAGGCAGGACAAUAGCUCCAAUCCAUUACCAAAAACCAUCCAGCCUAAAGAAGAUGAUAUUCCUAAGCUCUCAACAAAACCCAUCCUGCCCAAAGAAGCUGACAUCCCCAAGGUGUCAACCAAACCCAUCCAACCCAAAGAAGCUGACAUCCCCAAGCUGUCAACAAAACCCAUCCAACCCAAAGAAGCUGACAUCCCCAAGAUGUCAACCAAACCCAUCCAACCCAAAGAAGCUGACAUCCCCAAACUGUCAACAAAACCCAUCCAACCCAAAGAAGCUGACAUCCCCAAGCUGUCAACAAAACCCAUCCAACCCAAAGAAGCUGACAUCCCCAAGAUGUCAACCAAACCCAUCCAACCCAAGGAAGCUGACAUCCCCAAAGUGUCAACAAAACCCAUCCAGCCCAAAGAAGCUGACAUCCCCAGGCUGUCAACAAAACCCAUCCAGCCCAAGGAAGGUGACAUCCCCAAGCUGUCAACAAAACCCAUCCAGCCCAAGGAAGAUGACAUACCCAAGCUGUCAACAAAACCCAUCCAACCCAAAGAAGCUGACAUCCCUAAGCUCUCAACAAAACCUAUUCAGGCCAAGGAAAAUGUCAUUUCCAAAUUCUCAGAAGAAACCAUCCAACCAAAGGAAGGAGCUAUCCCUAAGUUCUCAGAGGAAACCAUCUACUCCAAGGUAGGAGCCAUCCCCAAGUUCUCAAAAGAAACGAUUCAGUCCAAGGAUGGAGCCACCCCCAGGUUAUCAGAGGAAACCAUCUACUCCAAGGUAGGAGCCAUCCCCAAGUUCUCAAAAGAAACGAUUCAGUCCAAGGAUGGAGCCACCCCCAGGUUAUCAGAGGAAACCAUCUACUCCAAGGUAGGAGCCAUCCCCAAGUUCUCAAAAGAAACGAUUCAGUCCAAGGAUGGAGCCACCCCCAGGUUAUCAGAGGAAACCAUCUACUCCAAGGUAGGAGCCAUCCCCAAGUUCUCAAAAGAAACGAUUCAGUCCAAGGAUGGAGCCACCCCCAGGUUAUCAGAGGAAACCAUCUACUCCAAGGUAGGAACCAUCCCCAAGUUCUCAAAAGAAACGAUUCAGUCCAAGGAUGGAGCCACCCCCAGGUUAUCAGAGGAAACCAUCUACUCCAAGGUAGGAGCCAUCCCCAAGUUCUCAAAAGAAACGAUUCAGUCCAAGGAUGGAGCCACCCCCAGGUUAUCAGAGGAAACCAUCUACUCCAAGGUAGGAGCCAUCCCCAAGUUCUCAAAAGAAACGAUUCAGUCCAAGGAUGGAGCCACCCCCAGGUUAUCAGAGGAAACCAUCUACUCCAAGGUAGGAGCCAUCCCCAGGUUCUCAAAAGAAAGCAUCUACCCCAAGGAAGGCACCAUCACCAAAUUCUCAGAAGAAAGCAUUCAGUCCAAGGAUAGCACCAACCCUAGGUUCUCAGAGGAAGCCAUCCACUCCAAGGAUGGAGCCACCUCCAAGUUCUCAGAGGAAGCCGUCUACUCCAAGGAAGGCACCACGUCCAAGUCUGCAGGAGAAACCCAGGAGUCCAAGGAAGGAGCCAUCCCCACGUUCUCGGAAGACACCAUUCAGUCCAAGGAGGACACCGUUUCCAAGUUCUUAGAAGAAACCAUCCCGCCCAAGGACAGCACCACCACUGAGCCUUCAGCAGAAACCGAGCAGCCCCAGGAAGGGAGCGUCCCCAAGGUCAGACAAGAACCUUUCCUGUUGCAGAAGGCGGCCGCCUUCACUUUCUCAGAAGAGAGCAUCCAGCUGGAGGAGGAUAUCCUGAAGCUCAAGGAAGCGAUGGAGUCCAUGCAGGUGGACUUGGUGAAAGUGAUUGUGAGCAAGGAGGACUUCGAGGCGUCGCUUAAGGAGGCCGGGGAGAGGCUGGUGGCCGUGGAUUUCUCAGCCACGUGGUGCGGGCCGUGCAGGGCUAUUAGGCCGCGUUUCCAUUCCUUGUCUAUGGAGCACGAUGAUGUGGUGUUCCUGGAGGUGGACGCUGAUGAUUGUGAGGAGAUCAUAAGAGACUAUGAGAUCACCUGCCUCCCAACCUUUCAGUUUUAUAAACAAGAAAAAAAGGUGGGUGAGUUUAGUGGUGCCCUUAAAGAAAGACUUGAGGCCAUCAUUGUAGAAUUAAAGUAAUCAUAUACUCUGAAGGCACUGCAAAUAGCCAGUGGUUAAUAUUUUGUGAUUUUUUUUUUAAAUUUACAAAAAAGACCAGGUAUCACAAAAGUGUAUGUCCCAAAUGGCACUGUUUCAAAUUAGGAAUAUUAACUCUAACUUUUUGGAAAAGCAAAACAUUAAAGCACAUUGUGACACGUUUUUUGUUGCUAGAAGAAUAUGAAAUUAGAAUUCCUUUGGCGAAGAUGGGUAGGCCUGCUGUCCCCUGUUUUUCAGUCUUUUUUUUUUUCUGCCCUUGAAAAUUCCGCUCAUUUAGUGUUUGGACCAACAUUGGAAAUUUGAAUAUUUCUUCUAUUGAAGUACAUGAUUCAAAACAUGAGUGGGAUCAGAAUCCUUGGGGAUUCUGAUAAAUACUUUCGUCAAUAAAGAAUUUG